AUGGUUGGGACACUCAAGAAAAAUAAACCCCAAAUUCCCCCUGAAUUUCAACCCAGCAAAGGAAGAGCAGUACCAUCAAGUCUCUAUGGAUUCACCCAAGAUCUCACGCUCCUUUCUUACGUACCAAAGAAGAAUCAGGCCGUAGUACUCCUUUCUUCAAUGCACCACAGUGAAUGUUUUGACGAAGGAGUAAAUAAGCCAGAAAUCAUUGGCUUUUACAACGCCACAAAAGGUGGUGUCGACACCCUCGAUAUGAAGUGUAAUAACUAUUGUGCCAAUCGCAAAACAAGACGGUGGCCACUGGCGGUUUUUUACCAUUUGCUAGCUGUGGCUGGCUCUAACGGCCAUACUUUACAUGCAAUGUUCAAAGACUCCAAAAAAUGA